AUGUUGUUCCUCGGCGCAUUGUUAUUAUCGUGCUUACAGAAUGUGGUGGCGCAACGGCAUGAUGCUGAUCUCAUGUCCUUCGUGACGCUCCCCGAAGUACGAGCCCUCAAAUGGGAAGUCACCCAUCAUGAUCGUGAACGCGAGGCCCCAGGAUAUUGGUUCGUUGCGCCGUACGGACAGAUCUCCCCCGAGAAUCCCACCCAGAAAUACCAGCAGUAUCAAGUCGGUCCGUACAUUUAUGAUAACGAUGGUAUGCUGGUCUGGGCCGGUCCAAGUCUCUACGACAAUCGCAACGCCUUCGAUUUCCGCGCCAACCUCAAUAUGGACGGCGAGCCACACCUAUCAUUCAUCGUGGCAUGGGAUAAUGAAAAUGGAAAUGACAGGGGACACGGUGUGAUUGUCGAUAAGCACUACCAGGUUGAGAAGGAGGUUCUUCCGUUGGUGGAUGUGCACGACUUCAACAUGCACGAGUUUAACAUUUUGGACGGUGGAAAGACCGUUUUGGCCUGUGUGUAUCGUCAAGUCGAGGUUGAUCUGGCGGACUUUGGCCGCCCGAACGAGAAGAGCUGGGUUGUCUCCGGCGGAUUCGCUGAAUUCGACAUUGAGACCAAUCAGCUUCUGGCGCAGUGGAACAGUCUCGAUCACAUUGCCCUGCAUGAAUCGAACAUGUUCCAUGCUUGGGAUGGCGUUCUGGGCGCACCUGGCUGGGAUUAUGUUCAUGCCAACGCGGUGGAUAAGAAUGCGGCUGGCGACUACAUUAUCUCGAUGCGAUUCACCAACACCAUCUAUGGUGUUUCUGGUGUGGAUGGAAACGUUAUGUGGCGCCUCGGUGGACUUGAGAGCGAUUUCACCCAAGACUUCACUUUCUCUAAGCAGCACGAUGUGAAAUUCGUCUCGUCCAACGGUACCCACCAUGUUAUCUCGUUCUUGAACAACGCCUCUGAUGAACGCGGUAAUGAUGAGAACAUGUCUUCGGUUCUGCACGUCGAGCUGGACACCGUCGCAAUGACCGCCCACGUUGUCAAGCGUAUCAACCGCCCCGAUGCUGGUUUGACCCGUCUCCGUGGAAGUGCUGAGGUUCUCCCCAACGGUAAUAUCUUCAUCGGCUGGAGUGAGCGAGGCUACCAGAGUGAGCACGCCUCCAACGGCGAUGUGUUGAUGACCGCCCGAUUCGCUUCCACUCGCUAUUCGACCUACCGCGCAUACAAGUCCGAAUUCACCGGUCGCCCUCUUACCCCUCCUGACGUGGUGGCCUCCGUCUACGGAACCAGCAGCACCGAUAUCACCACCAUCAUGUACGUUAGUUGGAACGGUGCUACCGACGUUGCCGGCUGGAACUUCUAUGCCAAGGCUUACGACCGUGGUGACUCCGUCUUCAUUGGUCAUGCCAACAAGACUGAUUUCGAGACUAUGUACAUUGUGGAUGGCUACAUGGACUGGAUCACCGCUGAGGCCGUUGACCGUGAUGGUAACUCGAUGAUGAAGUCACGCAUUAUUCGCAGUGAUAUUCCCAGCAACUGGCAGGCCGUUGGUUUCCUUGGAGCGACCAGCCCCUCUCCCGAUGACCCGUCUCUCAUUUCGGCUGCCUACGAGCAGUCCAAGUCCCACUCUACCGAGUCCACCGAGUCUUCUGACACCACUGAUACCACCGACUCGACUGACUCGACUGAUUCUACCGACGAUACCGCCGAAACUGUCAUCGAGGACAACACUGACACCACCGAGGACACUAGCAGCGGUAGCAUGGACGACAUGGAUAUGGGCGACAGCUCCGAUUCCACCAGCUCAUCUUACUCCGACGCAAAGGAGGUCGCCAAAGCCGUGAACAAGGCCUACGAAGUCAUCCGCGGCGUUGGAGCUCUCCUGAUCUUCAUCCUAGUGUCCUGCACAGUCGGAGGUGUCGGAUUCGCCUGUUACCGCAUGUUCACAAGCCGCAAGAGUCGUGCCUAUCAGCACAUCUCUUCGGAAGAAGAUCUCCCCACAGAAGAGAUCCACCUGCGUUCUCAAGCCCAGGAGUGA